ACUGAUAAGGGUCAACGGCUGCUCAAGAACGGACAAAUACAUGGUGCAGAAAGUCCCUGGAGAAAGUACACUGAGUGGAUUCAGCAGGAGCUACAGUGACUACAGCUUCAGAAAAGGGCGUACCUUUUGGAGAGAGGUGCAGAAAAGAGGAAAUUAAAGGACCAAAUAACAAAGGCUUGAGAUAGUCACUGAAGCAAACACAAGGAAAAGGAACUUAAGAAAAUAAGAAGGGAGAAAAAACUUUAUCUUGUCUUGAAACAAAGGGAGAGAAAAUAUAAAAAAGGACUGCGUGGUUGCACCAUGGCAUCUUUUGGACUUGAGCUGGCCGGCAUCACCCUGGCAGUGUUGGGGUGGGCUCUCACUGUGACCAGCUGUGCCCUUCCAAUGUGGAGGGUCUCGGCCUUUAUUGGCGCCAACAUUGUAACUGCUCAGGUGUACUGGGAGGGUCUGUGGAUGAGUUGUGUGGUCCAGAGCACGGGCCAGAUGCAAUGUAAAAUCUACGACUCGAUGCUGGCUUUACCUCAGGACCUCCAGGCUGCCAGGGCACUCACAGUUGUUGCCAUCCUAGUGGGGUUGAUUGCUCUCCUCAUUGCCAUGGUGGGAGCCAAGUGCACCAACUGUAUCGAGGAGGAUGGGGUUAAAGCCAAGGUGAUGAUCUCUUCUGGAGUGGCGUUCAUCAUAGCAGGUCUGGCUCAACUAGUGCCUGUUUCCUGGUCAGCAAACACCAUCGUAGCUGAGUUCUACAGUCCAAUCGUCCCUGCUGGGCAGAAGAUGGAGAUCGGGGCAUCACUGUAUGUGGGAUGGGCUGCCUCAGCCCUGCUGGUGACUGGGGGAGCUAUCCUCUGCUGCAGUUGCCCUCCAAAGGAAGACAAACCACUGAAGUAUAACAUACAGCCCCAGAGUCGUGCAGCAUACUCAGCCGCUCCGAUGUCAGGAGCUCAAAGCUCCUAUACUAGAAGGGACUAUGUGUGAGUGGAAAAGGACAAAAACUAAAGAGGAUUGGAGGGGAUUGUAUGCUAUUUUUAUAAAAAUCUAGUUAAACAGAUACAAAUGUUAUGGUGUACGGAAUUCUAUCAAUAUUUAGGAUGACAGGAAUGUCUAUAUAGUCUUGACACUGAAUUUGCAGUUUCUUUAGGACAAUGUUUACAUAUUCUCUAUAUUUAGUCUAACUGAGCAGAUUGAAAUUGUGAUCAUGAUCAGUUAUGGCAAAGGAUGUGAUUCUUUGUCACAGCACAGUGAAGAAACAUUUGCAGAGAAAAAAAUAUUAUAUAUAUUUAUUCACAAUAUAACAUUAAUAACAUUAGUGUCUGUUGUGGACAGUCGUUAUUCUAAUGAUCAAUGUGCUAAUGACUUUGUAUAUACAAACUAUCAUAGAUUCAAAGCAGACAGACACUGUAACUGGAAUAAGUUUCAUGUGAUGAUUUUUUUGACAUUCUUACAAAACAGACAGGCUGAGUCACAGAUGUGAAACAGCAGCUGAGCAAAGUGGAGCUCACCCUCGGCUUCAAACGAAGGUCAAAAGGGUCUCAAAUGUAUGAUUUAUUAGAAUGAUAUGUAAGUAAUUUUAUUUGUUCAUUCUUCCAUAUUUUAUCAUUUGAUGUUUCUGUAUUCCUACUGUUUUUAAACUUUACAAACUUUCAUGUAUUGUACUUUACUUAAUGUCCUUCAUUUCUAUGUAUUCACCUUUGUGUGUUUGACAAAAAAUCUUAAUAUUAUCUGACAACUUUUAUAAUGCACUUGACUCCAUAAAUACAAAUGUUUUAUUUUGGAAUCUGACUUGAUUAAAAUACUUUAGGUUAAUAAAGUAAUUACAAGUAA